UAAUAUUACGUUGGUUAGGGACCAUGCUGAAAAAGCCAUGGAUAUUAUGCAGUACCUGUUACCACAUGACCAUCUUCUUUUGGCUUCUUCAAAGAGGGUAAAAGCUUUAAUACUUGAAGAAAUAGCCAUUGAUAAUCAGGAUAAGGCAAUAGAACAUAGACUCCUCUUGGAAGCUCGGGAAUUACACCUUUCUGCUCUCCGUCUCACCCAGCAAGCCUUUGGAGAGAUGAAUGUACAAACGGCAAAGCAUUAUGGGAACUUGGGGAGAUUGUAUCAGUCCAUGAAGAAGUUUAAAUUCUUUGGUGGGUCAGCUGUAAAUGUAUCUGGGAUUCAGUUUCUUACAGUGGACAGAGCACAGAUGGCCCAUUGUGGUAAUGAACACGUACGCUAA